AUUAGUUCAAUGAUUGCGUGCAAUCAGGAGAUUAAAUUUUCACUUAUCUAAAAUCUUUUUAUUUUUCUUCAGUUCACAAGGGUCCAAUAGACCAUCGUUAUUUUUUUCUUUUUGCUAUCUCAUGAUUCUUUGAAAGAACAAUAAAGAGGAAGGAUCAACCGACAAUAGUUAUCAGAUUCAGUGUCAAAGGAACAGAAUACAACACACAAAGUUAUUAUUUUAGGUGGAGGAGAGAGAGUGUUUUUGAGUGAUGUAGUGAAAAGGAAUACCAUUUCCUAUGUAAUCUGCCAAUUAUUCAUGGCUACUUUGAAAAGAAAUGUAAAAAGCAUUGAAAGUUGAUUCACUUCAAUCACCUUCACUGGACCAAAUUGAAAGGCUUACACCCUACAAAGGUCCCAACUAAAGUGACUCCAUUUCUUUCUGAUUGCUGACUUCAUUUUAUAUAAAAAUGUAACAAAGUCACUGCACAGGAAAUACCAGAAGAAAGCAGUCACAAGAGAUUUGGUGCAAAUUAUACUGCUGACCAUGGAAAAAGAGAGGAAAAUGAAGCAAGGCAACCCUGCCCAGGAAGAAGGUUUUGCUGUUGAUGAUGAUGAGAAGGUUGAGAAGUUCUUUUCCAUAAUUAGAAGGCUAAGAGAUGCUCGCGAUCUCUCGACAAACAGCUUGCGGGAAACGGAGGCGCGCAAGAGAAUGAAGAAGGCAAAGAAGACGCAGACACCUGUAUGGACUCCGUCAUUUCAGCUGGAAGAUUUUGGAGGCCUGGAGUUAGCUGAUAUAACUCAACCAACUUCUUCAAACAAUGAACAAGAAAAGAAGAAGAGGGAAGAGCUAGAUCUCAAUCUUUCUUUGUAAUGGCACAGACCAUUCCCAGGUUUGCAAAUUUACCUUCUAAGGUUCGGUAACAUUCAGUUAAGGGUGCUUAUCUUUAUAUGAUACAACUCUUGCUGCAAGUGAAAAUUUUUUAUGUUCAGAGCUCAAAAAACAACUCUUUUUUUGUUAAUAGCGAAUUUCCCUGGGAGGGCGGCGAAAUUGCCAUCUAGCUGGAGGGCUCUUCAUAUGCAGCAAGACCAGUUGGAUAUUUUGGUUAUAUAUUUGUGAUUUUGUAUGAGAUUGAAACAAAAAUUUAUUUAUUUGUCAAUAACAAGAUGCGACAAAGAUCUUAGUUUGUGAUGA